AAAAUACAUUUGCUCAUCACUAGGAUAGUACUCAUAGUACCCAUAGCAAUAAUAUUCAAAACAAAGUAAAGGAAAGAAACAUGAAAAAGCAGCUAUACGGAACUCCGCGGGAGUCAUCGCCAGGAUUCCGCCGGCUAUGUGCAGACAGCACGCAAAAGUCUUUUUUUGGCGGGAACUUGAACUGCUCUACACCUUCAGGGAGUUUGAAAAAAACUGCCCUGCACAAGAGCCGGCAUAGUUUGUCCGGGCGAUCUACCCAAUCGAUACCCGGCAUCCGGUCGGACUACAAUGUUGUGGAGAGCUUUGGUUUUCCCCUGCCCGUCGUAGUGAACGAGGCCUUGACCUUUGUGGGAUCUGCUGCAGGAGCCGUUUCUGCGAAGGUUGCCCAAAAUGGCUGGGCUUGGGUUGUGCACGGUCGCCGACUUUUAAUUUGGCAGUACAAAGAGACGUCCAAGGGUGCCAAGCAACCUAGACGGGGAGGUGGCUUGUCCCAAUGCCGCGAACUACAACUGCCCUACUCCGAUUUAGGGUACAACAGUGAGUUGAUUAGUGUAUUCCAGUGAAUUUCCAGCGUAGAG